GACACAAUGACCACAAUCAUCUCCCGACAUGCAAUAACCGAGCAAAGAGGAAAGCUUCAGGAUCCUCCUCAAGUCGGAGGAAAACUAACUCUGAUGUGCCUCAAAAUGCAGAAAAAGACUCAGUAAAAGAUACUUUGGCCAUGGAGAAUGUAAGUAGGCCUUGUGUACACUGCUUAAACUUUAAGGUGCAUGUAGUUUCCUUUUUCUGCAUGUCUCAGUGACUCAAGGAAAAAAAAUAUUAUAUACUAUGUAUAAAAAAUUCAGAUAUUUUGGGACAGUUUUUUGAUAAAGAUGUUGACUAUGUACAUGUGAAGGAAAAAUGUUUUCAAUUUUAAUGACACAAGUCAUUUGGGACAGCAUGGCAAAAAUGUUUAUUUAUUUAUUGUUUACUUCUUUAUAGUAUCACUAACAUACAUAAUGUAAUGAAUAACGUGUCACCAAAACACGAACAUGUCCUGCGAUGGACUGCUAUCCCAUCCAGGGUGUAAUCCCACCUCAUAAAAGGAUAAAGCGCUUUACUGAAGAUGAAUGACUGAAUGAAUAAAACAUAAACAUAACAACAGUAAUAGGUUAAAUAGCAGGAAAUUAUGAACUAUUUAACAUGAAUUAUUAAUAGGAAUUAUCAUCUAAGGAACAGUUUGUAAAUGGAAUACAUUCUCAAGAAUAUAUGAUUUUAUAUUUAGGGCAUCUGGUGUAAAAACUGUGCCAAAUCAAACAUGCGGACCAGUGAUCCGCUGUGGCGACCCCUAACGGGAGCAGCCAAAAGAAGAAAAACAUAAGGGAUUACACGCAAGUGAGAUGAGGACAGUAUCUACAGCUGUGGUUAUUCAUCCAAGAGAGAUCCUGAGCAAGCCAAAGUACAAGGUGUCCUCCAUAAAAAAUCAUCCACUGGACAGACGCUACAGACAGAACACAUGGCAAAGCAGCGAAAAAGAUACAAUGCCAUCUCGCCUUCCUCCUGUCCCUGUGCCAAGACACGAGUCGACUGAUCGAGUGACACACGAGGACACGGACAGCGGCAGCGACCUUUCAGACACGGAGAGGCUCCCACAGCCUGCGUUCACCGCUGAUCCUCCGCUGCUUCACCUACGAGAAGAAGUCAUCGAUCCCUCCGACUUCCAACCUUCACGUGCUCUGUCUAGGUCACACGCCGUCUCCCGUGACAGCUACCCUGACUUCUUGCCUCCGCCGUUUAACUCCUGGAGUCUCCGAGAGCUGGCAGUGUAUUUAAACACGGACGGGAAAAACGUCCCUCGCUCGAGACCUGUCAACCAGUUCGAGAGAUACCUGGACCGACUUCUGCAGCUAGAAUGGCAGCAAAUCCUGACGCUCCACGAGGAGAGCAGCAAGUCCACGUGGAUUGUACGGCGUAGACUGCAUUCCAGCCUCAGCGCCCCGAAAAGCAUCCUGCAGUGCCAGCGUGCCUUCCCCUUCACCUUACUAUCUUCUGUCCAUCCACAAAGCUGCAACCGUUACUCAUUCUCCGUAAGCACGUACCCUCACCACUCGCGUCCGCUGACGGAAAAAAGUGGAUUUUCUAGGAGGAGCAGCAGCGAGACUCGGGCUAAUGGUCUCAACAGACUCAGCGAUUCUUCCUUGGACCAUCUGAAACGCAUGCAGGCUAUCGGGAACAUCCGUAACCCGCCAACACACAAUCCUCAUGUCAACGGUCCUGCAGGUGUAGAUCCUCUGAGGAGAAAGAGCUCAGGGGGAAGGAGCCGCUCCUGUGAGGACGAGAGCAAAGCUGGUUGUAGAAGAGCAAGACCUGAGAGAAGAACAGAAGCUGGCCGUGAAAUAGACUCAAAAUCAUUAGGUGCGACCGGUUCUGAGAAAGAACCAGUGGUUGGAAGGACUGCUGCGAAACACAAGCAUGUCGAGUUUGUUUUUCAGAAACGAGAAAUGACACGAAAGUUCUUCACUUCCUAAGAAUGUUCUAGGAACCAUCUCUGAUACACAUUACGGUUUAGAAAAUAAACAUUCCAGCAAUUUAAUAUGGAGAUACAAACUCCAGCAACUGUACUAGAACCCUUAAACCAAGGUUCUUCAGUUUUUCCCCUUUGGUGGAACCUUUAAAGAUUCUAUGAAACAGAGCGUUUGCCUCUUUUCCGAACUGCAUGAAGAACCCCCAGAGGAACACCUUCUCUAACAGUACAGGAUUAAAAUAUAAAAAGAAACUAUUUCUGUCUAUAAUUGGCAAGUUGUGGAAGCUAAUUUCUUUACAUAAAUGUUAUUUUACUCUCAUACAGAACAGGGUUUCAAAAAAGGUCUAUGGUUGGAUAAGGGUUCUUCGCUUCAUAAAUGGGUUCUAGGACAUAUCUAAUAGGAAAACUUUGUUCAAGUUUUCGACAUAGAACCUACAUUUAACGGUUCCCCCUAGAGUUACAAAAAAAAAUGCUUUGGGGUUCUAGAUUACUGCUGAUUAUUUACUUUGAGAUAAUUAUUUUUGAUUAAUAAAUUUCAUCUGCAUUCGUUGUAUUUCUCAACCAAAACCUGAAGAAAUCAAGACUGUUACUGUUUGUGGUUUACUUUACUGUUAUUUUAAACAUCGUUAAUUUUCUGCAUUUAUUUAUUUAUUUAUUUAUUUAAAAAUUAUUAUUAUUUUUUUUAUUUUAAAGUUAAAUCAGUAUUUAAGAGUACACACAAAAUUAUACACAGUCCAAAUUUAUACAAAUCGAAAUUACAGAUUACAGUUUUACAGAUAUAAUUUCAAGAAAAUAUUUUUUUAAUUGGUGUAAAUUAGUGUUUUUUUUCCUGGAGUACUAAACAGAAUACUGUUAUCAUGUAAAUCACAAAUGUUCACGGUUACUAAAUCAUAAUCUUCUCCCCAUACCAUAAAUAAUCUCCUUUUCUUUUUACAGCGUAUUAUCUUUAAUAAUCUUGUGGUUGCUGUUCUGUUUACAUACAGUCAGUGCAAGUUUACUUUAUUUAAAAAAAUAAAUAAAUUAUAGUAUCUGUAUCAUUUAGUGUGAUACGUUUAAUAUUACUUUACUAUACCUAAAUAUUGUUUAAAUAUAUCUGUUGUUGUCUUCCAUUAUUCGAAUAUUUCUUAUAUUUAACAUAAUGUGGAGGUCAGAGACUAUUCUUUAUGGGGAGCAAAUAUCAAAGUUUUGAGCAAUAUUUAUUAUUUAAAAUCCUCUGUUAAAAUAUUGAAUAUAUUUUUUCAGAGUUGCGAUAAAAAACUUAAGGAACUCUAAACAUUCCAAUAAGUCACUUUAUCUCACUGUAGCACACUGUAUUUAUACCUCUGCACAAGAACAAAUGUAUUUUUUUUUUAUUAUUGCUGGAUGUUAUUGUUAAUUAUGAAAUUAUAUAAAAAUAGUUAUUUCAAUAAAAUUACAUUAUAACAAUAUUUGCCUCUGUUGGAAGUGCUUUAUGAAAAAAAAAAUUUGUCUAUGAUAUUUAUUAUGAGAACUCUAAACAGAAUAAAUACCUCAGUUAUUAAACAAAUGUAAACUAAUUUUUUCAUCGCCAUUUCCUUCCUAAAAAGUAAGCUACCUGGUUUUUAAAUAAGGAAUAAAACAAUCCAUAUUGUGAUGUUAUUGGAAAAUAGUCAGUGAUGAUGAAGCAGAGUUACUGUUACCACUCUGAAGUUGAUUAGUUUCCUAUAACAGCAUGUCACGUCGUACUUUCUCUCCUUUUAUAGUUACAUUUAACGUUGUGGAACAUCUGCGAGAC